GCCUUGACGAUCUCUAGCAUCUUAUUAUUCUCUCUAUUGCGUGUGCUUCUUCUUCUUUGUGGCUUAUUCGACCGUUCAUGGAGACGAGCAAUGCCGUAACCCCCGUCAAUCACCUUUGUCCAAAUCUGUUGCACCUCUUCACCGCGGGAGACGUCACCGCCGAUCCACACCACCACCGUGUCGGAUCAACACGGCCUUCAACUGUGACUCGUCGGAGACGCCUCCCAUGUCACAGGAGUCCGAGAUCCACCGUUGCCAGGCAGUGUCGUGGUGGUUCCCUCCUUGAUUCUUGUGCUACAAGCUUCGUAAUCAUCUCGUUAUCAACCGCUUUGUGGUUUUGGUUGGAAGCAAUUAUGAUCUUUCGUCUCUAUUAUGUCCAAGACUUGUCAAGUAUGUUUUGUUCCAGAGUAUUUCAUGAUCCACUUUGGAACACUGCGAAGGUGAGCUUGUCGAGUGUUGGAUAUCUGGACGGUUUGGUGUCUUGGGAUCAUUGUAUUUUAUUUCAGUUUUAAUUAACUUUUCGAUUUAAAGUACUUGGUU